AUGAACAUGGCAAGUUUCGCGGGAAACAUUGGCUUCAAAAUCUCGUUUCAUCUUCUACCUGGCGUUUUUUCAAUUCCACGGAACAUUUGGAAGUUUCGGAUUGCUUGCUUGAAGAGUAGAGACUUUAGUUCUUCUUCUGUUACUGCUAGCUACAUUCCUAUAACAUCAUGCAGGGUGAAGAUUCCAUGUUUGGAAUAUUGUAGCUUUGCUGAUGGCAGUGCAAUCAAGAUAAAUGAUGGGAAAAUUGGGCAUGCAACAAUUGCACAUUGUGAAACUUCUCAAAAUUCAGAUGAAGUUCGCACUGACUUACUAUUUCAUGACAUUGAAGAAGGUUCCGAACAAAUGGAGGAGGUUAGAGAGUUGACAGUUCCUCAGAUAGAAGACUCCCGUGAACAAGAUUUUAUACGACUUGACAAAUCUAUCAAUGAUGUUGAACAAUCAGCUGUCAAAUUACUUGCAUCUAGGGCACUCACGGCAGUUGAAUUGAGAAAGAAAUUGCUUAGCAAGAGAUUCUCUCCUAAUGCAGUGGAGGCAGUGAUAAACAAGCUCCAGAGACAAGGGUUCAUCAAUGAUAAGUUGUAUGCUGAAUCGUUUUCUCAAUCUAGAUGGUCUUCGUCUACUUGGGGUCCAAGACGGAUCAAACAAGCACUGUUCAAGAAGGGAGUUAGUCAAUCUGAUGCUGAAAAGGCAGUUGAAGUAGUUUUUAAGGACAAGAAUGAUGGUGCUGAAGAAGAAAAUUCAAUUAUUAAAUUGUCAAAGCAAUCCAUGGAUCAUCUUUAUGUUCAGGCCUCAAAACAGUGGUUCAAAGGUGAAAAUGUUCCAAAGGAAACAAGAAAGUCAAGGAUUAUUCGAUGGCUUCAAUAUCGUGGUUUUGACUGGAAUGUCAUUAGCAUCAUAGUAAAUAAACUAGACAAGCAUGAACAGAAUCCUCCAUAG